UACAGUUAACCCAAAACUUAAAAAGAAAUCCAGUAGCUAAGAGUAGCUUAUCACAUACAUUACUGGAACAACUCCCUCUUGCAUUUACUUUCAGGAAAAUACUGAUAUUUCAGUUCCAUAAUAAUUCUAAGCAUUCAACCUGUUAUUUACAUUAUUUACAUAUUUGAAAAAAGUGUGUCACAGUUGUUAGUGAAGUAUAAAUUAGACAGAUAAGACUAGAUACAAAUUCACUGUCAUUUUCAGUAUAGGUUGAAGGGACCUCUACAGAGACCACCACACUCAACUUCCCUGCCUAAAACAGGUUCUCCACAGUAGGUUUCAAAGGACGGUGGUCAGCUGGGCUCUGAAUAUCUCCAGAGAAGGAAACACCACAAACCCACAACCUCUCUGGGCAGCCAGUCCUACUGUUCUGUUACCCUCAAAGGAAAGAACAUUUUCCUCAGGUUCCAAUGGAACUUCUCAUGUUCCAAUUUCUCCCCACUGCCCCUUGCUCUGUCACUGGGAAUUGCUGAAAAAAGUCUGGCCACACCCACUUGACUAUCUUCCAUUAGGUAUUCAUAAGCAUUAAUAAGAUCUCCCCCUCAGUCUUCUCUGUGCUGAAGAGUCUCAGGCCUUUUAUCCUUUCCUCAUGUGAGCAAUGUUCCAUGUGCAGAAACAUGAAUACAAAAUGCAGCUCCCCGCGUGCAGACACAUGAGUGCAGUGCUGCUGGGGGAAGUGCUGUGGUGGCACAAGGACUGCAGUGACAUCACUGAGCAACAGGCUGUGAUGCCACCGAGCUUUGGGCGCUGGCAGGGCCUGGCCCAGUCACUCUCGUGCCUGGACUCCUGCCGAGCGAGUGCGUGCGGCUUGGAGGUGGAGCGAGGAUUUUAAUUGUGUGUUGGGCUGUGCUUUGGGGACUGCUGGCAGCUGCUCUCAGUGCCCAUACGUACAGCCACCACCUGUAAUCCCCUGGCCUGCCUGGCUCAGGCAGCCGGGGCCCCACGGGGUGCACGUGCAGCAGCACAGUGCACAAAUUUCACUGCUGAGGCGCUGGAGAGGGAGAGUGACUCAUCUUCACUCCCCAUCAGGCCACGGCGUGAAGACCAUGGCAGCAGAGGAGGCGUGGACAUGUCCCAUCUGCCGUGAGGUGCGAAAGGACAUUGCCUACGCAGUGCCGUGCCGUCACGAGUUCUGCCUCGGCUGCAUCCUGCGGUGGGCCAAGCAGAAAGAGACCUGCCCGCUCUGCAGGAGGAUAAUGACAGUGGUCAAGGUUGCUGAGUGGGAUGACGACAACGACCUGGAUUUCAUCAUCCGUCCCCCAGCACCACCAGUUCCUGCCUGCUUCCAGGCAGGCAUCGCCCACAUCUACAGCCCCCAGCACGAUGUGCCAUCCCCUCCACCCUUUCUGCUGCUGCCGGAGGAGCAGGAGGAUGUGGAGGCAGGCGAGCGGCCUAUGGUGGGCGGUCUCCUGAUGGAGGUCUGGGCAGCCCUGUUCAGGCAGCACCAGGAGAUGCUCGACCCUGUGCUGCCAUGGCUGCGCCAGGAGCUGCGAAACAUCUUCCGAGCGCAGUGGUGGGAGGCAAUGGCGGUGCAGAACCUCAUCCUGAAUGCCCUGUGUCACAUCGGGCUGGACCGCGAGGCCCUGAUCCAGCUGCUGUGGCCUGCCCUGGGGGACAGAGCGGAGACGCUCAUCCAGGGCCUUGUGGACGCCCUCGUGAGCCAGUGGGGCGAGGAGGCACACGGGCAGCGCGGCCUCCAGGGCGUCCACGUGUCCGGAGGGCAGGAGGAGGGCCCUGCGGCCAGGGGGCAGGAGGACAGCGUGGUGGCCGGCCCUGGCCCCGCAGCCUCCCCACCAGGGACCGUUACAUCAAGGCCUGCACUCAACGGACCCAACAGCAGCGCCGAAUGGCCUGACAGAGUGGAGCAACCCAGCACGCCACAGGCUGUCGUUCCUGGGGAUCUCAGUCACACCCCUGCUGCACACAUCCCCAGGGAACUCGAGGAGCCCCACGAGGAGACGGAGCAGGCGGCAGCAGCAGGCCCCUCUGCCCAGGGCAGCAGCCCCUCCGCUCCUGGCCACUCGCCUGCGAGGGCCCGGCGGCCCCGUAAGAGGAGGGCUGGCAGUGAUCUGGACCCACCGCAGCCCUGCAAGAAGCCACCUCCUCGCAAGCACUAGCGGGGAUUGCACUUCUCUUUAAUCAAAAAAUAAAGUGGAAAAAAAAAAAGAUGACACAGAGCCUCAGGAUUUUAUGGGUUGGCAGGGACCUCUACAGAGAUCAUCACGUCCAAUCCAACCCCUGUCCUACAGUAGGUUUCACUGAAAGAUGUCCAGGCAAGUUCUGGGUAUCUCCAGGGAAGGAGACAUCACUCCCCACAACCUCUCUGGACAGCCUCUUCCAUUGUUCUGUAAUCCACACAUUAAAAAGUUUUUCCUUGUGUUCAGAUAGAACUUCCCACAUUCCAUUUGAUGCCCAUUGCCCCUUGUUCUCUCACUGGGAACCACAGAAUGAAGACUGGCCACACCCACUUGACUCUCUUCCAUUGCCUAUUUAUAAGCAGUAACAAGAUUCCCCCUCAGUCUUCUCAGUGCUGAGGAGUCCCGGGUCCCUUAUCCUUUCCUCAUGUGAGCGAUGAGGAUGUCCACGUGCAGACAUAUGAAUGCAAAGUUCUCCACACAGUGAUUCUCCCAAGAAUC